AUGAUAAUAGUCCAUCAUGAUGGUUCAAAAUUUAAUACAUCAGGUUUAGGAAGAAGUGAUGAAUUUAAAGAAUAUUUGUUAAAAGAGAUAGCCAUCCUCAAAUUAGAAAACGAUAGAUAUAGAAAUCAAAGUUUUGGGUAUGAAAGAAAAAGAAAACCAUUGUCAGAAGAUGCAAAAUUUGUAGGAAGUUUUUCAAUGGGUUUUGAAAAAACAUGGGAUUUAUUCGAAUUCCAAUUUAGAUAUCAUUUUGGUCCACGUUUUGAUAAUUCAGAUUUAAUUUCAAGUUUAAAAGGUGACGCAUUAAUUUAUUUACAAAGAACAGAUCCAAAUGGAAAUAAGACCGCAGAAGAGAAUUUAGUACAGUUGAGAAAACAUUAUCAAGAUCUCCCUACUACAUUAUUACUUAAAUUUAGUGAAUUUACCAGGACGGGCAAAUUCGAAUCAUUAGAACGUUUAUUAUUAGUCUUCGAUACAGUUCGUACGAGAGCAAAAUUAUCAGAUGAUGCUGCAAUAGUCACUCUUAAGACAGCCCUGGGUAUGAAUUUCUCAAAAGCUUUAAUGGUAGAUAUUUCAGAUUUAGAAGGUUAUACAUCAUUUCAGAAAUUUAGUGAAAAAAUCGUUCGUCUCGAAAAGAAUUAUCAAUUAACAAUGGAUAGCAAUAAUAAUAAUAUUCAAACAUCAUCAACUCAUAAUAAUAAUAGUAAUAAAGAUAAUCAACAAUCACCAUUAGAUAAUAAUAAUAAUCAUAAUGAUAAUAACAAAAGUAGAAAUAAUAAUAAUAAAAGUAAAGUUAAGGAUAUUGUAAAAUUUAAUAAAUAUAGUAUAGAAUUAUUAGAAAAGAUCGAUUUUAGUCCACAGCCAUAUCAAAAAGAAAUAGUAACACUUCCAAGACCAGAUAUAGAUUUUAAAGUAGCUCAAGAUAGUUCAAUUAUUUUAACACCUCAACAAGCAAAAUUCGUUCAAUUAAAGAAAAAUUAUACAGAGAUUAUUCCAGAAAAGUUAAAGAAAGAAAGUCUAGCAAAAGAAAUAUAUCAUAGUAUCCCAUUCAUAGACGGUACAGAAGAAUCAAAACUUCAUCAAGCACCAUAUCCAGUUUCAGCUGUUAUUAAUUAUCAUUUAAUAAGUAACUUCCGUAAGAAAAAUAAAGUAACGAAGAAGAUGGGUACUCAAAGGUUAAAACAAAGCAAAGUUAGAACAAAAUUA